AGCUGAGCGCUUCAAACGGAGACUCUCCGAGCAAACGUGGGCAGACUCACUACUGGAAGACACAACAAGUAGUACUCACUGAAGGACUAUUGUGGACGAAUCAAAAUGAAAAGGAAUCACGAUUUUAGCUCCUCGGACAGCGAGCUGGAUGAGACUAUUGAGGUGGAGAAGGAGAGCGCGGAUGAGAAUGGGAACAUGAGCUCUCCUCUCGGCUCCAUGUCACCCGCAACAUCCACUCAGGUGCAGGCGAGAAAAAGGCGUCGAGGAAUAAUUGAGAAGCGGCGCCGUGACAGGAUCAACAACAGCCUCAGCGAGCUCCGCAGGCUGGUACCCAGCGCCUUUGAGAAACAGGGCUCAGCCAAACUGGAGAAAGCAGAGAUCUUGCAGAUGACUGUUGACCAUCUGAAAAUGCUUCAUGCUGCUGGAGGCAAAGGUUAUUUUGAUGCCCAUGCCCUGGCGAUGGACUACCGUGGUUUGGGUUUCAGGGAGUGCCUGGCUGAGACAGCCCGCUAUCUGAGCAUAAUUGAAGGCUUGGACGGCGCAGACCCUCUGCGGAUCCGUCUGGUGUCCCACCUUAACAACUAUGCCAGUCAGAGAGAGGCUCACUCUGGCCUGAGUCACCUGGCGUGGGGCUCUGCGUUCGGAUCCCCUCCUGCCCACCUCACGCACCCACUCCUCCUCCAACACCAACAGCCUUUGGCACCUUUACCCCGCAGCGCCACCAGCAGCCCACAAACUCCUCUAUCAUCUACAUCCACCUCUUCCCCCUCCUCCUCUUCUUCAUCCUCGUCCGUUGCAGAGACUCACGUCCCAGGCAGGCGCAGCGGCAGCGCCACCCCUCACUCAGAUCAAGGCCCGAUGCGGGUUCCCUCCACUACUGCGGUUCCCACCACCGUCCCACACCCCGCCUUGGUCUCCUCAUCAGUGUCCAAGCUCUCCAAUCCUCUCCUCUCCUCCCUCUCGGCGUUCCCAUUCCCCUUCAGUGCCUUCCCCAUCAUCUCCCCCACCACCGCCAUCAGCGCCCCAAUCCCGACAUCCAGUGUGGGCAAACCCUACAGACCCUGGGGUAUGGAGAUAGGAGCUUUCUGACUGAGAUGAAAACCUUAACACAAUCUACAUAAAGACUCAACUCACUUCCCAGCUGAGCUGGACUUUCACGGACAAGACUUUAUAUUUUCCCAGCUAAGAAAGUACUAUUUUUUCCAGGAUUUUUAUUUUCUUGCUAAUGUAUUGUGUUUUGUAUAGAAGAGAAAAACAGUGAGGAGGGGGACCACGACUAAAAAGCAACAAGAGUGAUUUAUUGUGAUUGAUCUCUGUUCCUGCCCACCCCUUUUAGAAGUUUCACCCACUGUUGUCAGCCUAUCAGGAAUGGCUUUUCCAGAUGGUCAAGCAGUCGCCGCCCGUCAAGUUCCUGGGCGAAACUGUCCCCCUUUUGUUUUCCCUCUGCGCUGAAACACCCAGUGUUGGUGCCCUGGUUACGUACAGAGAGGGGUGUGUGAAAGGAGGGCUCGAGGUGGUUGAGAGUCACCCCCUUUUUACAGCAUUUUAUGGGGUGGAAUAACCGAAACCAGGUGUUUGUUUGACUAAAUACUGGGAACAGAAGUUAGCUACCAGCUUGGUUGAGACAAACAUGAUUUAUCCACAACCUCUGAUGUUCAUAUGGUGCCUUAUUGUUUAGGCUUUCUUCCCUAAGUUAUGUUUCCUCUCUACAGUAAAUCGUGUUCUUAACAACUGAGGCUUCACAUAUGUUUUUACCAGCUGCUCCACAUUUUUUGUAAUUUGUCCUAAUGUUUGGGUGAUUUUUAUGACCUUGUCUACAAGUUAUGUUCUUCUUCCUGUUCAAAGCAGCAGCAUUAUCGACCUGUUUUAUCAACAGAGCCCGUUUGUAUCUGUCACAGUAGUUGAAGCAAAACAAGGCAAUACAAUUCAGUUUCCUGCUUUCUAUCUGAUAUUUAGUUGUGUCCUGGUAAACCUCACUGUGAGUUUGUAUAUUUUAUGGUUGUACAAAGCAGAAGCAAGCACUGAUGAAUCAGAUAUUUUUGCAGCUUUUCAAAGUUGUUGCUGGUGGUAAUGACAACUUCCCUGUAAUAAAAAAAGUUCUGUUAAAUCA